AUGGAUCGCUUCGUCGUGAAAAGGAAGACUCCACCGUCUGAUGAUAUUGAUUUGGAUGAUUUGCCAUGGGAUCCAGCAAAGAGGAAAAGAAUUAUAAGCUAUCAUCCUAAUCAAAGAGAUGAAGUACGGCGCAAAUAUUUGAUUAGAGGACCUUGUCAACCUCGUGGUCACCGUUUUAAACAAACAGCAAUUGGAGGGGUGCUUCGACGUUUUAAUCUAAAGUGGUUUGAUAUGUAUGGUGAUUGGUUGGAAUAUAGUGUGGAGAACGAUAAAGCUUUUUGUUUGUGUUGUUACUUAUUCAAAGAUCAAGCUCAAAAUCAAGGUGGGAGUGAUUGCUUUGUAUCAACUGGUUUUUGUGGUUGGAAUAAGGGGUUGCAGGGGUUGAAUCAACAUGUGGGAUCUGAUGUGAAUAGUUUUCACAACAAUGCCAAAAGAAAAUGUGAACAUUUGUUACAUCAAGGAUUACCAUUUCGUGGUCAUGAUGAGUCAGAUGAGUCAGCUAAUAGAGGUAAUUUCUUAGAGCUUCUGAAGUAUACCGCUGGUCAGAAUGAGGUUGUAAAAAAAGUAACUAAAUCUAUUAUUGAAGAAAUUGAUAAUGAUGUCUUUGGUUUGCUGGUAGAUGAAUCUACUGAUGUAUCAGACAAAGAGCAAAUGGCAGUGGUUUUUCGCUUCGUUGAUAAGUAUGGGAUAGUCAAAGAAAGAUUUGUUGGUGUUAUUCAUGUGAAGGAGACAUCUUCUUUAUCUUUGAAGUGUGCUAUUGAUUCUUUGUUUGCGAAGUAUGGAUUGAGUAUGAAAAAGGUGAGAGGACAAGGAUAUGAUGGAGCUAUUGGAGCUUCUUGCAAGAGAAAAGAUAUGAUCCGGGAAAACUACAGAAAAAUAGUGGAAGAAGGGAUUAACAAUGGUGAAAUUAAGACUGGAACUGGGUUGAAUCAAGAAAUUUCUCUUCAAAGGCCUGGAAAUACUCGUUGGGGUUCACAUUAUAAGACUUUACUGCGACUUGUUGAGCUGUUUUCUUCUGUAGUUAAAUUUAAUGAUCGUUUUGAUGAGGUAAAUUCUGAACUACUUGUUUGCAUAUCAUCCUUGAGUCCAAUAGAUUCUUUUCGGCAGUUUGAUAAGUCAUUGCUCAUGAGAUUGGCUGAGUUUUAUCCAGAAGAUUUUAGCUUUAUGGAGCGUAAAUCUCUUGAUCUGCAACUUGAGAUAUAUCUUGACAAUGUGCAAAGAGAUGAAAGGUUUACAGAUUUAAAGAGUUUUAGUGAUCUUGCACGUUUGAUGGUGGAGACAAGAAAACAUCUUUCACAUCCUUUGGUAUAUCGUCUUCUGAAGCUAUCUCUGAUUCUCCCUGUUGCGACUGCAACCGUCGAACGAUGUUUCUCUGCAAUGACUUUUGUGAAGACGACAUUGCGUAAUCGUAUUGAAAAUUGCAGCGGGCACUUAAUUGCAAAAGGCACCAUUGUCGAGGCUUCAAGCGUAGUUUUACUUUCCGACGCCGGUAGAGCUUUUGCUCGCCGGCGUCGGGUUGCUCAUCCUCCUCUUAGUUCUCUUAUGCAUCUUUCCAUCCUUCUACCCUCUGUUAAUUUCGAGUUUACUCUCGUUUAUCUCCUCAGAUCCAUCAGAUCUAGAUUUUCUCGGGAGGUUCCCGAAGAGUUAUACUUUUGCAUACCACCGUCGGCCACUUACCUGCCUCUUCCGAUGGCUCUGAUGCUCUCCCCAUAUUCAGAUCUUCUUCCUUCAGAUGUGAAACUCAUGGAUAUGUUGGUGGAGCAAAACAAAUCUUUUGGUGAUGUUCUUGCCAGCGAGAUGACCCUUCUCGAAGUCACGCUAUCCUUCCGGUGUAAUGGUUUUCCAACGCCGAGAAUUAUCUUUGACUCUUGCGCCUCCAAGAAAUCUCGAAUGAUGGAGCUUUCGUUGCUCUCGGUUAUCUCGAGAUCUCUGCCUAGCGGAGUUCUUUCCGCCGUAAGUUGCGUGAGGCCUAACAGCGACGAUGCUGGCUUGCUUGUCGUCCUCCGAGUUUCUCUCUGGCUUCAACCCUCUCGUUUUACAUCGCCGAUUUUGGUGCUUUCUUAA